AUGGGAUCUGUCACACAGGCCUUGUCGAGUUCAAAACACGGAUUUGAUGCAGUCAUACACGGCAACGUCGUGCUGCUUGGUGUGACCGAACUAGCUGGCGAUACGGAACUAGAUGACGAUGGCGUACGUGACGACGAGAGCUCGGUGGACGUGGGAGUUGCCGUGCUUGACUGCGCUGGCUGUGCUGACCUCGUGGGAUUGGCUGAUGGAGGCACGACGCUGAUACUGGGAUCAGGUUUCACACACGGUGUCGGCUGGGGUGUCUGUGACGGCUGGUUGGAUAGGGAAGGUGUACUAGUCGGGAACGCACUUAUCAAUGCCUCACUCGUUCGAGAGGUAGCGCUUGUCUGCGAUGCUUGCGGAGGUGCCUCAGACCGGGAGGGGGCACUGGUGCGCACGGCCGAGGUCGUUAAUCGUUAA